AUGGUCGUAUUUAUAGUUCCAAAGCCCAUCCGGAGUAUCCAGGAGCAUCAAAGACGGAAGAGAUCUUUGAAUGACGUCAGAUGUAAUCACAGCAAGAUACGAUCGUUAAUCAAAAAGGUUGGUUUUAUGCAGUCCAAAAUAUGUCUGCUCCAGAUUGAUACGCAAAAUCCUCGUAACGGAAUUAAAAUGUUGAAAAGAGACAUCACCAGACAUCUUGGUCUUCCUGUAAAUGUGGUAUGUUCAAUCUCUGAGAUCGUGUUUGAUGUUAGCACUGACACUUACUGCCAAUAUUCCGUAAACAACUUGCAUUGCCUUGUAUUCCUACGAUGAAAUGUCAAUUCGUACCAAAUAUUUUCAUUAAAAUGUUCUAAUAAUAAACACCCCGGGCCAUGCUUUGGAAAUUGUUUACGGGAUCUUUCUCUUCUCUCCUCCGUUUUGAAAUGAAAUUAUUGUUGAUGAUGUAAGGGUAAUUGAAAGGUUUCUGUCAGGGAUCUGGCUGUUGCAUUAAAUGGAUUUUCUUGGUGUAAGUAUAAUCCAAGUCCAUCGUAUCACUCUCAUAGAGGUUAGAGAUUGCAAUUACUAAGAACAGAGAAGCCCAGUAAGCAGUGAAAGGCUUCAAUCAGCGACAACAUGAUGAAUAUUGAUGACACAAGAAAACCUGGGGGCUAUGAAAUGACACACUGCAAAAACAUUGCGUGCAAGAUACCUACCUUUUCGUACGUCAGAAUUCUGUAAUCGAAAGGCAAUGCGUAAAGAGCUUUACAGUAUCCUUUCCAAUACUUUCAUUACAUAUAAACAACUAUUACAUACCAUUGAAUAUUUUUCUAGAAUGCUUCCGAUAAACACCUUAAGUGCAAUCUUAGACCUAUGACGGCUAUAACAUCCGAGUUUCGCAACCCAAUCUAUUUUAUUAACGGCUCAACACGGACUCGACAUCCUCUAAAACCUAACUUUAGUUCGGCCGCCCGCACUCUGACGUUUUUGCGAGCAUUUGUAUCACCUUUUGGUAUCCCUCCUUGGAAGUUUUAUUCCAUUGACGAAGGCUCUUAAUCCCCCGAAGAAAUGAAAGGGUGGAGUCUGAUGGAUUCUCUUCGUAUUUAAGUAGCCUGUCUGGAUUUCGGAUUCAAUUACAGAUUUACAUUGCCGUUCAUUUAGAUCUUUCUACAGCGCAAAUCAUGUCCCACAUUCUUUAUGAAGAUGAUUAUGUAGAAUUAACCGAAGAUUUUCUAACUAUAAAACGUUAUUUCUUCCCCAUGAUGAAGCCCAAAGUUGUGAGAGUUAAACAUAUUCGGACAGUCUACUUUGAUGAGCAAGAUAACACCAAAUAUGGACUAAAAAGAACCUGGGGAAAGAGCGAAAUGUCUGAAGUUUACUGGGCUAUCGAUUUCCGGAGGUAAUUUAUUUUAUUUUAAAAAUUAAUAAUAUUUUUUUUGAUUUCAAUAAUUCUAUUUCUUCAGAUGUCUGCCAGGUGACAAAGGCGGUAAAGCAGAUGUAAUAGUGGACGUCGAAGAUGGACUAAUGAAAGGUUUCACCGUCAGAGAUGUCCAGUCAUUCCUGCAGAGCCUUAGAUACGCAGCCCCCAUGUCCCUGAUUGUGGUGGACAACCUCAAUUUAUAA